AUGCCGAACCGGGAGAACCAGAAUCACCACCAGAGGAAGAACAACCGCCGCCGGAAGCUAGAGGAAGGAGGAAUCCAGCGCGACAAUACCAUUGUCCGUAUAUGGUCAGAGAAAGUGCAAUUGGAAAAAGGAGACAGUCUAGCUAAGGAUUAUGUGCCAGAGCUUUGGGACUACACUCGUAUUAGUGUGACGCAAAAUAGACUUCAAGAGUUGAGUGAGAUUUGGGAUCGGUGGGAUGAUGAAACCAAGCAGUUGUUCUACUCUAAUUAUGGGGACUUGCCGUACUUACUUAACAUCAAGGUGGAUGAACGACUGUUUCGCGCUCUCGCUCAAUAUUGGAAUCCUGCAUAUAGCUGUUUUACUUUUGGGAAUGUAGAUUUGGUUCCUACAGUAGAGGAGUAUACGGCUUUACUGCACUACCCUAGGCUUCAGGUUGAUAAAGCAUAUUCCAAAGUCGCAUAUGUCCCAGCAUUUUGGAAGAAAUUAAUGAGUAUUACGGGAAUAAGCGAACAAUGGAUCACGGCCAGGAUUAAACAGAAGGGCGAGUGUAAAUGUAUCCCAUGGAGGAAUUUGCGAGACUUGAUCCUAGCACAUCCUGAUAGAAAAAAGAAGGUUGAUGUGUUUGCUUUGAAUAUCUACGGGUUAGUGAUUUUCCCUAGGGCACUGGGGCAUGUUAACGAAGCUGUUUCAGAUCUUUUUGAUCGGUUGGGUAAAGGGGUUACACCUGUUCCUGCGAUUUUGGCUGAAACGUUUAGAUCUUUGAACGCGUGUAGGCGAGCUGGUGAAGAUAGAUUUAUAGGUUGUGCGCAACUGUUGAUAGCUUGGUUUCAUAGUCAUUUCUGGAAGGUUCCGUUGCUUGGGAUUUGGGGAGCCGUCGGAUAUGCACCUUUGCUGGUCCUAAGGCAAUACAAUUCAAAACAGUUUGUGCCGGCAACGUAUGGUUUAGCUCAAUGUGAGUUCUUGUACCAAGGAGACAAUUACAAGAAAAAGGUGAAGGAAAUUUCUCAGGCUUGGAAUUAG